AUGACCCCCAGACCCAAGUCUUCCAAGAGGAAGAGACGAGCCAAACGACCGAUCCCCUCAGGGCCCUUGACAAAUAGGACGAUAGAGUUCAGUGAAGUAUACCAGGAUGGCCAUGCAGCUAAGAAGUAUGUAAUCGACAAAUGUGGCGAUUACUGGUACAUCGUGAACUGCGAAGAGCACCAGCUGGAAUUUCACACCGCGUAUCCUUUCCUCGGCGCCAUAAAGCAUCUUCGGGCCCAGGAACACAACCCGGACGGGGCCGAGACAAGUAUCCAAAUGGCGAUUGCCAAGUUCGGCCGUCGUGUGAUUAAUUGCAGCGAUAAAGAUGCUGAAAAGAACAACAAACUCGCCAUUGGAAUGUUCUCAUAUGACGAGCCUGGCGAGAUAUAUAAGACAUCCUGGGGUAGCCACCAGUACGCUGUUGUGAUACUUCCACGGACGGGAUCUCUCAGCCAAGCUGGGUUCCAGGAAACAAACAUCUCUAUCAAGGACACACCUCUAGUCAAAGACCUUCGAGACACCCCACGAUGCUAUGAGUACGAAACGGCCAGCGGGGUUCUCGAGUGGGCCGAAUCCUACUGA